AUGAAGUGGACAGCGAUACUCGUAGCCGCAGUACUGACGGCGGCUCAGGCGCAGGCGAAAGACGAUCUCCCACCUGAUGCUCAGCUGCGUAUCGGCGUCAAGUACCGUCCAGAGGAGUGCACGGUGAAGAGCCAGGUGGGCGACAAGCUGUCCAUGCACUACACGGGUACACUGCGCAAGGACGGCUCCAAGUUUGACUCGAGCGUGGACCGGGACCAGCCAUUUGACUUCGAGCUCGGCGCUGGACACGUCAUUAAGGGUUGGGACCGAGGACUUGUGUCCAUGUGCAUUGGUGAGAAGCGUCGUCUGACGAUUCCGUCGGACUUGGCGUAUGGUGACCAUGGAUCGCCCCCGAAGAUUCCUGCCAAGGCGACGCUGGUAUUUGACGUUGAGCUGCUGGACAUUACGCGCGACUCCGAUGAGCUGUAG